AUGCGCCGCCGCUUUCCUUUCUUCCCACGUUUGGGCUUCGUUUCCCCUUGUAAACGAGAGUUUAAAAGUAUUGCUGGAUGGCAAGAGAGCUGGGAUUGGGCGAAAAGCUCCGGCUCCGUUUCUCACAGCUCUUGCGAUUGGAGAAUACUUGUAGGCGCGGAGGGGCCCUCGGCUUGGCUUUUUGGUUCGUCGGUUGAGAGGAGCACUAGCUGCGGCGCGAACGGGAGUGUUAGAGCGGUUAGUACUGUAUGUUUGGGGUGAGCGGCGGGGAGGCGCGGGAUGGCUGAAGUGGGGCAGGAGCGGAGAGAGACACGAUGCAAACUGCUUGCUCCGUGGGGCGGGUUCACGGUGCUUUGCUAGGACAGAAAGGAAGGGGCUCCUGUUUGAUUUUCAUCUUUAAAAGUUAAGUUGGGGGACGUCUAAUUCAGAUGACUAGGAGAGUAAAGCUCCCCACUUAUUAUUACUAUUACAGCGGGUUACAACCAUUAAAACGCAAUACUCAGAAGCAAUGUAAAAGAUCUUACAGCCACAGAAAUCAGGUGGGUCCCCAAAAAUAUGCCCAAGCAGGCAAAUAUACAGGUUUACAGCCAGCCCUCCUAGAUUAUUUUGGGGUGGGGGGUUGGAGGCAACCAACGUGUUGUGUUGCCUAGCAAUUUGGGCUUGGGGGGAGUUGGGUUUAAGUUCCUUUUUAGCUAAAAGUAAUCCUGGACCAGUCACGGUCUCUGAGACCACUCAACCUCACAGCUGUUUCAGGGAUAAAAAGCGGGGUGGGGUGGUAAAACGGUUUUACCAGCCCUAGGUACCUGCCUUGCUAGCAUCUGCUCAUAACAACUUGCCACAAUUUAAGCCACCUGUCCGACAGUCAUAUUACUUUAUUUCUCUCUACCCCUUCCCAUGACAUCCUUCCUGUUUUGACUAUCCCUGCUACCUUUCCCAUUGCGUAGCAUACAUUAGCCCAUGAAGAAAGGUAGGGGCCUUUUGGUUGAAAUUCCUAGCUCUGUGUGAUAGGAUAAAUGUAAUAAAUCAUUUAUAUGUGCACUAUCGUGUAUGAAGCCUGUUACAAGUGCAUAGUUUGCCAUAUCAGAUUGAAAAAUUGUUGGCUGCAGCACGGCUUGAUUUCAUGUGAAUUUGGUUCUUAAACCACUUUCUUUGAGCACAUGCAUCUGCUUGUGAGGAAAUAAAAAUGGGCCACUAGAGAACCAUUAAUACACUUUCUCUGAACCUUUGGCUUUAUGCUUAUGUUACCAAAGAGUAAAAAAAGGUAUAUUUGACACUACUACAGGUGGUAGGAGUGAGCAGCAUGACUUCCUCUCCAAGAACACCCUCUGCCUCCAAAAGGUAUGUCAAGGAACUGACUGCUUGAUUUCCUCUUCAUUUGUAUUAAAUAUUAUUAAUAUCUUUUCUUGAAGACCAUCUGCCAUUCCACACUUAGAAAUAGAACAUUGUAUUGUAGCUUGGUACCUACCUACCCCUAAGACAAAGUUGUCCAACCUUUGUCGGUCCAAAGGCCACAUUCCUUACUGGCCAGCCCCUUAAGGACUGCAUGGGCCAAAAGCUGUGGCAUAACCAAGGCUAAUGUGGGUGUGGCUGCCCAUUCCACUCUUGUGUACACACGUGCAGACCACACACAACCAAUUAUUGUCUUUGUGCUAAUUUCCCCCUUUUUCCUUAAAUGAGCAACACAAAGGAAAGUAUCUGUACAGAGGACAAGGUGAGGAAAUUCCCAAGAGCAGGUGGGAAUUCAAAUACCCUGAAAUCCCCAUGCAUCUUUCAGGUGUUUCCUGCAUGUAUAUGCUGAUGCAUGAGUGUGGUGAAGUGGAAGAGCCAAUUUUGGAUGUGGAACAAUGCCAAUUUUGACACCUUUGGAUGUUUGGGUGUGCUUAGUCAUGCCUUUGUCCAAAAAGGUUUCACAAAAGGUAGGGGAAAGGUACCUACUUUAGGGGAAAUUGAGUUUCUCAAAGAUGGAUCACUGAGGGUCCUCUCCCAAGGAGCAAUAAUACCACUCAGUUUUUGUCUAGCGGGAAAGAAAGUUUCAGAAUCCUUUCCAGGUGUUCCAUUUUCCCCAAAGGGAGCCUGCCACAGCUUUUGAGAAACUGGAGGUGGGAUAGAUUAAAUUCAGGUCUAGAUUUUGUGACCUGUGUGAAACCGUUCUGUGUUUUUAUGUUAUUGCUAACUGCAAGAAUUGAGGUUUGGUAGUCUUUAUGACUUUGUAAUAGAAUUGUUAUUGUUAUAUUCCAUCAUGGUGUUCAGGUCAGCUGCCGGCCAUGGCUCCCCCAAAUCUCCUAGUUUCCCAUCACCUCACCAGAAUGAUUGUACUCCUCUUCCUUCAAUCAACGAACGUCUGGCCUUUCUCCGCCCUUCCCGGCAACUGCUGGAAUACUACCGAAAGAAGAUUGCAGACUUUGAUGAAGAGCAUGAGGAACUGGUCCAAAGACUGGAGAAAUAUAAAGCAUCACAUGAUGAGCAGGUAUGGGAAAAGAUGGGUGAAUGGAUCAGUUUAUAUGGUGGUUGGCAAAGCCAGGUUUAGUAUUUUGAAUUAGGAUUUAGUGUUUGCUGAUGUGCUUUGUUACUUGGUUUGCAAAGAGAGUAUUUGCCAUCUUGGAUUUUCUGGGAAAUUCCAAGUGACGAGUGUUGGUCCAUUUUGAAAAUACAAAGAGGAGUAAAUGUGAAUGGAGUGGGGCCUGGCAGCAGCUGCCAGAGUUAUCUAUAGCUCUGGGAAGGACCCUUAAUACUUAAUACUUAAGUUCAAGUAUUGAGCAGUGAAGUCUUUGUGCUGCUCAGUUUUAAAACUAUAAACCUGGGUUUGAGUGUCAAACCCUUAGCCUCAUCCUAAAUAAAAUGAUUUCUAAUAUGGCAACUAUUAAACGAGUAGCUUAUUUUAUUGAAAACUAAUAUCAAUCAAAUACAGAUGGGAUGUAAGGGGUUGUACUUAAUGUAGGGUCAGAAAGGCAAAAGGGGGAUUUUGCUGGUGUCUUGCCAGUGCCGCUGCCCAGCAGCCUCUGUGACUGAACUGGCUGAGUUGGUGUUGGAGAAUCUCAGAAUGUUAGUUUUCAAUAGUGGACCAUCAUAUCAUCCUGGCGUAACUUGGGUUGGGGCACAAUGGUGCCUUGUCACAGUGAUCCCACUCCUACUUCCGGGGUCACUACCAGGACUAGCACUGGGAAACUUAUGUGGCCUCAUAGCAAUUGUGCUGCUGGGUUCCACAGUGUUCUGUUCUGGUCUUUCGUACUAUUUAAUAGGUAUAUGAAACAGUUGUGAGUAGUAAUCCGGGGAUUUGGAGCAAAUGUUAUUUCAUCAGUACAGUAUUUGUUUCCCAAUGAGCAAUGAGGAACCCUGUCUCUGCCCUACCUUUGCUGUAACGGCUAGGUGAUCAAUAACAAUAUGUUUCCCUUUCCCCCCUGCAGCACAAAUUACAAUGGGAAAUGCGUCAGCGAGAAGAAGAAAUCGCAGAGCUGCAGAAGGCUCUGAGUGACAUGCAGGUUUUCCUCUUUCAGGAGAGGGAGCACGUCUUGCGCCUUUAUGCUGAGAACGAUAGGCUGAAAAUCAGGUUUGUUGCCUAGGUGGGAAGAGUGAAAAAACAGCCUGCAGAACAAAGGGGAGUGGCAUGUUUGUGCCAUUUCUUUUUAAAGUUACAGGGAUUGCGAUACCUGCUGUUCUCUCCCGCAUGAAGAGAUCUACAGGGAAGAAUGUGGUGCAUGCUACCUAUCCUAAAGUAGAUGUGCUGUUGUCCCAUCCCCUCUGCUAUUGUCCUAGAGUCUCGGAAAAGGGCAAGCAAAAUGAUAAAGAGGUGGAGCAACUCCCACCCAAGGAAAUGUUGCAGCAUUUGGCACUUUUUAGUUUAGAGAAAAGGCAAAUAAGAGGUGACAUGUUAGAUGUUUAUAAAGUUAUGCAUAGCAUGGAGAAAAGGGGAUAAAAAAGAGUUUUCACAGCUGCAAAUAAAAGGUUUUAAGUGUGAUGUAAAGUGCAAUAUACAAAUGUGACACUAGGUGGCGACAGUGCUCAGGUUCUGUUUGCAGGCUUCUCACAGGCAGCUGUUUGACCAUGGUGAGAACAGAGUGCUUGACUAGAUGGGCCAUUGGCCUGUUACACCAGGCUGGAAGGGCUUCAGAGACUAUUUCUUUCCUUUUUGCUGAACUGCUGUGUUAGAAUAUGCAGAGCAGUUGGCAAUCUGAGUCCUCAUUUUGAGUAGGGAGGAGCUACUAUAUCCCCUGUCAAUUCUUUGUGGAACAGAUGCAACAUUAGUGAGAAGAGAGAAAGAAAUAGGAUAGGGAAAACUGGGGGCCUUUCACUACACACUGUCUUAACGUAAGAUCUUGUUCAGCAGCCAGAUUCUACAGGAAAGAGAAUUUCUCCAGUGUAUGCAGACAGACAGGGGAGCUAUCUAUUCCUACUUCUUGGAUGUUUCCUGGGCUUCCACUAGUUGGCCUUAGGGGUGCACCCACUAGUGCCUUUGGGAACAGAAAUAAGUCACUGUCCUUUAAACUGAUUUCAGAGAGCUGGAGGAUAGAAAGAAGAUCCAGCAUCUUUUGGCUUUACUGGGAACAGACAGUGGCGAAGUUACCUAUUUCUGCAAAGAACCACCUCACAAGGUAAGAGCACCUCUGUUAACCUACAAGACAUUUUUAUUUCAGGUUCUUUCUAAACUGUUCUAUGUUGCCUCUGUGAGAUAUAAAUUACAUUAAAGGCAUUGCCUUUGGUGGUUCACAAAGCAUAUUAAGACAAUAAAGUACAGCAGGAUGUGACAUGUAAAGUAACAAUAGUAAACCAUGACAGCAAAACAGUAAAGAAUUACAGCAAUAUAUAGUGAAAUAGCUAAAGUAAAUUUCUGGAGUGGAAAUAACUAUAUGCCAUGCUACACAAUCCUGUGAAUGUCUUCUCAGAAGUAAGCCCUGCUGAGUUCAGCCUGCUUCUGGGUAAGUGUGCAAAGGAUUGCAGUCUAAAUCCCUAAGCAUAAGUAGGCUAACAGAACUAUCCUUCUAAAAUCUGUUAACUGUGGAAUAGCCUUCAUAAAGUAACCCAUUGAGCAAAGCCUAAGAAAUAUAUUGUGAUACUGUAAAAGUUUCCAUUGGUCAGAGCCCACUUUGUCAGAUAUCUAGCUCAACAGAUCUGCGGUCUUUCCUUUUUUUGAAAUUGCUUAUAUGCUGUUAUUCAUUUCUUAAUCUUCUGCUUUGCGAAAACUAAGAUAAAACGAUGAUUGCUGUAGUUAUUCUGCCUAUACCCACUUCAGGUAUCUUAAAACUUGAGAUUGAUUAAUAGGGACUAGGAUCUUUAAUUCCCUUAAAAUGCAUUUUGCUCAUGGGAUACUCCGGGGGAGGGGUCAUUUUUGACAGUUUCCCCCACAUCCCCAUGUGCACUGUGAAAAUAUGCUGCAGAAGGUCUAGAAAUUGGUACUAGGGUCUGAAAGCCUGUCAGUAGGAACCCCCACUGCACUGAAGUUCCUCUUAAAAAGGGCAACUCAGGAUCCAAGCCAGGUUACGACUGUAGUUAAUAUUGUUGCUAUUACAAUGGUUCCUCAAAACUCGAAAGGCUCCGUUCUCGAACGUUCUGGCUCCCGAAUGCCAAUAAGCCGGAAGUAUGUUCUCCGGUUUUCAAAUGUUCCUUGGAACCCUAAUGUCUGACACGGCUUCUGCUGUGCAAAAACCUAGCUGUCGGCCAAUCGGAAGCCGCGCCUCGGAACUCGAAUGGUCUCCUGAAACGGAUUACGUUCACGUUCCAAGGUACCACUGCCAUAAGAAGUAAUUGGUGUGUGUGUGUGUAGGGAAGUUUUAAUGUUUAAUAUUUUAUUGUGUUGUUAUAUCUGCUCAAAGCCACCCAGAGUGGCUGGGGAAAUCCAGUCAGUUGGGUGGGGUAUUACUAUUAUUAUUAUUAUUAUUAUUAUUAUUAAAAGUUUAUGGACUUUACCCCAUACCACUAAAUCCAGUGCCUUACAUAGUUACAAAUUCCAGUAGGUAGUCUUUAAAAAGCAACUGUUAUCUCUGCAAAAACAGCCACUUAAAACAGUCUAUGCAAAUGAUUUCAACCAGCUGUCUACCAUUAUUUGUUCCAUGGGUUUCCUUGUUUUUGAUUUCACCAGCAAGUAUACACAGAUGAGAAGACACUUGUAACAAGGGGCUUGGUGUCCAGUUUCCUGAUUCUGAGCACAUUUACUUUACUUCCUCAAAAGGUUUUAGGAAUGCUCAGGCCUAACAAGGACAUGCCACUAGUGUGGGGGUUAUAAUGUCAGAGCAAGAGCUACAACCCUGAUCAUUUGCAUUUAACAGAAAAAGAAACUGACUCUGCAGGGCAGUAAUGGUUUGCACAUUCCUCCCAGGAUGAAAAGACAGCACAAUGGGUUGUAGCUCCACCUGUCUUGCAAAAGCAGGAAAUGCACGCAACAUUGUAGGAAGUAGGUGUGGCUUAGGCCUCCUCAACCCUAGUCAAUGUUCUGUGUUUGUCUGAGCAACAACCCCCACACCAAAAAAAAACCCCUUCUCCUUUCUGUCCCCCAACACUCCAGAGCACAUCUGUGGAGCAGAAGGGAGAGAAAGGGAAAACUUCUGUAAGCAGAAGCCUUUUCUGCGGCCAGAUGGAUAUCAUCCCCCUCUACCUAAUUCUCUGCCUCCCUGAAUUCUGUACAUCUGAAUGCAUUCAGGAAGCUCUGACAGUGUUCACUUUGAAGCUGGCAAGCACAAGACAAGAUUGUAAUUGUUUCAGCUGCCGUUCUGUGCUUCGCUUGUGACUUCAUGGAGCACUACAGAUGGGUGCAUACAGACCCAGUCCUGUACAUUGCUAAGGGAGCAACGCUUAGGACCCAGAACACAAUCUUGGUAAUGGGGGGCAAGUUGACUCCUAAUUCUGAAGCCCAACUCCAGCAGUGAAACAUCACCCAUUUGGUGCUGUUGGGUGGCAGAACUAGAUGAGACCUGUACACACAACAUGGGUAGAAAUGCCCUUCUAGGAACUGGGCUGCUAGAGUAACUGCAGGGAGAACAAAGCCACAAGUUCAUGUUGCAUUCUGGAAUUCAGUGAUGUGCCUAUUUUCCUUUAAAAUUCCUUUCCCUCUAAGGCUUUUUGCAUUGUAUUGCUACUGAAGCCUAUCUCAAAAGCAGAGCAGAAAAUAGAGUCUUUUUGUCCUUGCAGGCCACUAUACCUCAAAAGCUAAUCAAGGGCAGGGAUUCACAUGAUCGAAGUGGCAAGCAUACUUCAAAAGCAGGUAACUGAGAAGCUAAGAAAUGUCUCCGUCAAAGAAGACAUCUGAAGAGAGAGGAUAUUGUGGGCAUCUAAAUAAAGGAGUGACAUAGCUUUUCUUUACCAAUUCAACUUUUAUUUCUGCUCUAGGUAUAAAACACUGUGCCACAAAACCAGCAGAAAAGGGAGAAAAACCAGAAAAUGAGGAUAGAUACAAGAAAGAUGAGCAAACACUCUUAUUACAGGUAAGUGGCUUUGUGCAGCCCGGGUGGACUUCUGUUGCUUUUAGAUCUCUAAAACCAAAUAGUUCUUUCUCCGUGAAAAGUCAGCUUUGCCAGUGAUGGGCAUGAUUUUAUGCACGUUGACAUCCAUUGAAAUCAGGGGAGCAAGUAUUUAGGUCAGUGAUAAUCCCCAGUACCAGGGGUCAGCAACUUUUUUCAGCCGUGGGCCGGUCCACCGUCCCUCAGACCAUGUGGUGGACUGGACUAUAUUUUGAGGGGGGGAAAUGAACAAAUUCCUAUGCCCCACAAAUAACCCAGAGAUGCAUUUUAAAUAAAAGGACACAUUCUACUCACAUAAAAACCCCCGGCAGACCCUACAAAUAACCCAGAGAUGCAUUUUAAAUAAAAGGAUACAUUCUACUCAUGUAAAAACACGCUGAUUCCCGGACCGUCCAUGAGCCGGAUUGAGAAGGCAGUUGGGCCGGAUCCGGCCCCCGGGCCUUAGGUUGCCUACCCCUGCCCUGUACGAUGGGCCAUCCUCAGGGAGACAGAGACACCUUUGGGAGGUGAGUUGGAAGAACUGCUCUGAACAUUUCCUUUGACCCUGUGACCCUCCCCCAACUCUAGUGUAGUUACUGCAAAAAAAAGUGGUAAGCCAACUCAGGUGGGCUUAGCCCUUCCUGUUCCUUUUGUGAAGUGGUCCUCCCAGACAGAGCUUUGUGUGAAUGGUUUCAGAACUCACAGAGUUAAAGAGUUCUGGUGACGUCUCUUUCCUGAGGCGUGGUUAGAAACACUUAAGGGAGGGGUUUGACUCCGUGUGUUUCAGUCUGACUUUCGGACGUGAUGCGAAAGGGAGAAUGUGUCAGUUCUCGCCAGGUCUGAAUUUAUGAUGUUAUUCUUCAUGAUUAAAAGGCAAGAGUAGAUAAGGACUGCCUUGUGUCUGGACUGAUUUAUUCCACACGUGCUGCACUCUGCUUCUCACCGCUGUGUUUCAGCUCUGCUACCGGCAAGAGAAAGAGGCCUGAGGAGGACUUUUGCAGGAGGCACGGAUAGCUUGCAGAGUUCCGCAACGGAAGCGUGCCGGGCUCCAUGUUCAGUCUCUGUGUACCCUCUUGUCCGGUGUAAAUAAUUCCAACACUUUGCUCCAAAGUCCUGUCCUGACAGCACCACUGGGAAGAGAGGAGAGGAAACAUUCCUUCCAUUAACUUUCUUCCGUUAACUUAUCUUAGAACGCUAGCCAACAAGAAGUAUAUCAUUGCUUAAUUUUAUUCAUUAAAUUUGUAUCCCAACCUUCCUCCCGUAGGAGCCUAGGGCAGCAAACAUCAGACUGUUAAAACAGCACAAUUUAAAACAAAUUAUUAAAACAUACUUAAAGCCAUUCUAGAACUUUAACCUUCCAGUGAGUUAAUGCAAAAGUACAUUCGUGUUUGUGUUUUUGUUCCUGUUGUCAGUCAGUAAGGCAUUCCUGUGGUAUUUGUUUUCAGGUAUGUACUCUCAGGCAUCUUAAAACAAUGCUGUAAAUUUAUUUGAGACCCUGUUCUUUCUCUUUGCUUAUGAUCUCAUCACACUCAAUUAAACCUUGAUUUUUUGCUUUAAAUGCUCAGAGCCAACAGUAAAAAGAGAAAGGCUACAAUAUUCAGAGAAGAGUUGUCUGUUUUGCAUUGGACUUCAAAAAAUUUAAAUCUUUAUUUAAGGUGGCUGAUUGUGACAGCACCCCCACCCCACCCCCACACUUGUAAACCAGUGUAGCUGAUCUAUUAGCAACUCAUUCAUAUGGUGAUGAAUCAAGUGCAUUUGAGAAAAAGGGAGGGAAAUGGGGUAAAUGGCUCCAGAUCACUGGCUUGUCAUAUGACAAUUGCAGUAAUCAUGGUCAGUGAAUAGCAUGAUCACUGAAUUAGUAAAGGAACUUAAAAACAGAGUUCAUUGAUUUGGGUAUUCAGCUGCCUUAUUUCUCUUUCAUUGUAGUGCUUGACUGCCCCAAUCUAUCUUACAAUCUCUUAGCUUUCCAAUUGGUUUUCAGUAUUGUUUUUAUAUUCCAAGAUUGACAGUUUAGGUAGGUACGAAGCUUUUGAUUGUGCAAAACCUAGAGUUUCAGAGUUAUUUUUAUAGCUGAAUAAGGCUGCUUAAAGUUGCCUGUUAAAAAGCAAGAACAAAAACCAAAUCCAACAUCAAAUGCUACUCUUUUUUGGUCUUUUAAAAAUGCAGUUGCAAGAACCUGACUGGGAUUACUUUGCAAAUGCAUUUUUUUUACCAAAUGACUUCCAUAAUGGUCUCACAACAGGAACAAAAAAAUAAUAUCCAUGCUAGCUCUUUCUAAGGUCCUUCUAGUUCAGUAUCAAGUCUUCUAUUGUGACAAAGAAAGAAAUGAUGAGAAAGUUCAUAAGGAGGGUAUGAAGCCAUUUUUCUGCUAUUCUUCAGCAUCUAGCUGCUCUGGACAGGUUUCUAAGAAGCUGGAAAUCGCACUUCAGAACAUUACGGCUCCCAGUUAUUCUUUGUGUAUAGAACAAUGUUAGCUGUUCUGCCAGAGGAAAACAUAACAGAAAAUUCUACCCCCUUUUCUGUGCUUGUUUAGGUUGAAGCUCUUCAAGCUCAGCUAGAGGAACAGGCCAAGCUGUCCAAGGAACAAACUGAAGCAUUGCUGGAGGACAGACGGAUCCGAAUAGAAGAGUCUCUGGUCCAGCAUCAGAGGGACCAGGAGAAGAUCAAGGAGCUUACUCAGAAGUAAGUGCAAGAAGAAUGUGUCUUUGCUUUCAGUCUGAAUACAAAUCAUUUUAUUUAUGUUAUUUUACUUACACUUCUAUCCCACCUUUUUUCAUCAUGGAACCAGUGGUGAUGUACGUGUGGUUCUUAGGCAGUCACCCACCUAGGUACUGACCAGACCCAGACCUACUUAGCUUCAGCAAGGUGGUCACCUCUUGUGCCUUCAUAGCAUAUCGUGGGACCAAUAAAAACAAACCCUACUGUGAUGGGGAGAAGUGCUAGUCAACUGUAUUAAGACAGUGCAUGGACCUCCUACUGGCAUUGAUUUGAUACUGUGUGAAGUCACAGGGUACUUUGUGUCUCUCGUAGCAGGUAUAAAGUGGCAAACAUAACAUAGAAACCAGUCAUACAUUUGCACUUUCCUACUCCUUCGAUAUGAACUUGGACUCAUUAUAAGCAUGCAUACAUGUAGCUCUUGUCAGUAGAACAUCAUAUUUUUAAUAUGAUGGUCCAGGGUUUGGGUCCCUACUCAGGUAUGGGGAGAAGCAUGGCUCUGGGUGCUGGCUUUAAUUUGAGGGAGGGUUCACAGCUCAGUUGUAAGGCACAUCCUUUGCAUACAUAUGAGGUCCCAAGUUAGAUAACCGGAUCUCCAACCAAAGGAUCUUGUGUAUUGCUUGGUAAGUCUGGUGAGCUGCUGACAGUCAGAAUAGACAAUACAGUGGUACCUCUGGAUACGAACGGGAUCCGUUCUGGAGCCCCGUUCGCAUCUAGAAGCAAACGUAACUAGCGAUGGCACGUCUGCGCACGCACGUGUCGCUUUUCGCCGCUUCUGCACAUGCACAUGACAUCAUUUUGAGCAUCUGCGCAUGCGCAAGCGGCGAAACCCGGAAGUAACGCACUCCGUUACUUCCGGGUUGCCACAGAGCGCAACUCGAACGCACUCAACCCGAAGCGCAUUCAACCCAAGGUAUGACUGUAUUGAACUAGAUGAACAAAUGACUCCAAUAUAAGGCAUGGAUCAAAGAUUCUAAUAUAAGACAGCCUCUUUAUGUUGAGGUCCCUCACAGUGGUUUCAUGUGGGUCCAAAUCCAGGGACAGCUGCCUGUUGACAAAGUGAAUUGCACUGUCAAGCCAUUGAUCCCCACCCCAAUUUGUAAUUGGGAUAAUGGAAGAGCAGGGGAAGAAACUGGUGACCGGUUCAUUACCAUUCCUCUCUCCAGUUACCACAAAGUUCAGAACUUGCUGCACGAGAGCACCAGAGAUUUUCUCCAGAUGAAGUUUGACGCACGGGCAAAUGAGAAAUCCUGGAUGGCAGAGAAGGACAUGCUGCUGAGGAAGCUGGACAAAAGAAAAGUAGCACCCAAGUGGAGCAGGAUCCAGCGGGACAGCGGCCGAGGUCGGGAGGACAUCAAGAGAAGGCAGGACGGCGGCCGAGUGUCGGAGGACAUCAAUAGAAGCCAAGACAGCGGCCGGCGAGGCAGUGGCCAAGGUUCAGGAGACAUCAGGAGAAGGCAGGACAGUGGCCAGCAAGGCAUCAGCCCUGGGCGGUGGGACAGCAGCCCGGAGCAGUGGGACGGCAGCCCGGAACAGUGGGAAAGCAGCCCAGAGCGGUGGGACAGCAGCCCGUACCGGUAUUCUAUUGGCAGAGUUUCUCCUGGCAGGAGGAAAAUGCAAGACAGAGGUGCCAAGCACGUUUCACGAACAGAGCAUGAAUGCCGUAAACGAUACUGUGCAGAGAUUAAGGUAACAGGGACUGCUAUAAACUAACUGUGCUUUCUGAAGGUUCAAACAUAUUACCAUGAAAUGUCAACAUCCCCUGGUGCUGUGGCACACUGAGAUGUAGCUUAUUAUUCUUAUUAUUAUUAUUAUUAUUAUUAUGUUUUAUUUAUACCACACCCUCCCCAGCUAAGACUGGGCUCAGGGUGGCUAACACCAGGUAUAAAAAUAAUUGAUUAAAAUACAACUUAAAAACAAGAUUAAAAUACAGCAUUAAAAUGCAGCCUCAUUUCAGUAGAAACUCAAAUCAAAAACUUUUUGGGGAUGAAAACGUCAAAUCUUCACCAAGGCCAGCUAUCCAGACUGGUCCUGCGUGGGCCCGAAAAAAGCCAGUCCUGCUCUGCCAGUCAUGUCUUCUUUUUUAAUCCCCCGGUAUCAAGAGUAGCUUUUUCCUCACCACAGGAGGAUAUUGUGCUCAAGGCCUGAUUGUGAACUUCCCAGAGGCAUCUGGUUGGCCACUAAGAGAACAGAAAAGUGGAUUAGAUUAGCAGUUGUUCUGAUCUAGUGGGGCUGUUCACUUGGUGAUGUAAAAGUUUGUAUAAGAUCUGCAUCCAGGUUGUUGAUUGGGGCCGGUUAUAGGGGACAUACGUCUCCCUUGUUAAAGCAGCUCCACUGGCGACUGGGUCUGUUUCCAGGCACAGUUCAAAGUGCUGGUUAUGACCUGUAAAGCUCUGCCUAUCUUGGGUCCAGGCUGUCUGAAACAAUGUAUUUCCUCAUACAAACUUAGCCAGGUUUUGAGAUCUUCAGGGGAGGCCCUUCUCUUGAUCAUGCCACCCUCACAGAUAUGCUUGGUAAGGAUGCAGGAAAGGGCCUUCUUGGUGGCUGCUCCCAUAUUUUGGAACUCCCUCCCUAAAGAAGCUAGACUGGCUCUCUCCUUGCUGUCUUUCCACCAGCAGGUGAAGACUUUCUUGUUCCAAAAGGCUUUUGGGAACUGAUUGCUUUUAAUGAAAGGGCUGGUCCUCUGUUGUUUUCAUUGUAAUUAUUGGUAUGUUUUUAUAAUUUUUAUAUAUGUAUCUAGUUUUAAUUCUAUCAAUUUUUUAAAAAUACUAUGUUGUUAGCGCUUCUUAUUUUUAUCUGUAAGCUGCCUUCCCAUCAGGGAAAAAGGCAGAGUAUAAAUAAAUAAAUACAUAAUAAUAAUAAUAAUAAUAAUAAUAAUAAUAAUUAAUUCGUGACAGGUUGAGAGUGCCUCUUUCCUUUAUUAUCAUUAGUAGUUCUGUAAUUCAUUCAUUUCUUUAUAGCAUAUCACUUGUCGCUGUUGUUGAAAGACUGAAAAAAAUGGGUCUGUUUUAGUGUGCAGUGGAGGGGAAAAGGGGGUUAAAAAUAGUCCUCAGACACACAAAUAGUUAUCUGUGUUCAUUGUCCAGGCAACAUACACACAACUCCGAACAUAGUUCAGUUUGGUGCCCAUUGUUCAUUUGCUGUCCGUGCAAAGUUGACUUGUUGAAUUCUAAAGUGUUGCAACUAGAGCAUGUGAGCUAAAGUACUAUUAGUGUCUCAAACCAACUUGGCUUUAAAACAAGCACAGGGUGGUCCUGCUAAUGCCCUUCUUUGUCAUAAUAGAAGCCACUAACUAUUCAGGGUGAUCUAGUUGCCUUCAUAGUGCUGUUUAGGAAGGAAGCAGUUCUGCAUAAGGUCUCUCUCUGCUUUAUAGCAUUUUAUAAGCCAAGGUGUGUGUGUGUGUGUGUGUGUGUGUGUGUGUGUGUGUGUGUGUGUGUAUGUGUGUGUGUGUGUCUCAAUCACAGAGGCUACAGGAGCGAUUAACACAGGAACAGCGGCUAUCAAACAUGUUCCGAGAGCAGUGCGUUUCCCUGGAAGAGCAGCUGGCUAAGAUUCGAGAGGAAGGAGAUGUAGGACGAGAGAUCUUCAAGGUAAUGCCUUGCCCCGCUGCUGUCAAGCUUAGCAACCACUUUGGCAUGCUGUGAUAGUCUCCUCCAUCCUCUUUAUUGCAAGAGUUAUUCACGGGAUCUGUAAUCUUCUGUUUGCUUUCAAAAGGAACGCUCAGAAAAGAUGGGGAAGCGCCUGCAGCUGAUGACCCAGCGCUAUGAGGCCUUGGAGAAACGGCGUUGCAUGGAGGUGGAAGGCUUUAAGACAGACAUCAAACAACUUCGGCAAAGUCUGAAGGAGGUAGAGCGACUGCUUUUCAAGGUAAGUGUUGUUAUGACCAGGAGAAGGACAGGACUGAGAUCCACUAGGGUGGAACCUAGACAUGUAUAAAAAACGCUGUGAAAAUCCUUUUUUAAAAAACAUUUUGAAAAAUAUAUUGAAUUUGCCAUAGCUCGCUAUCGCCAUCUAGAGUCACAUUUGUAUAAUGCACUUUACAACACUCUUAAAACGUUUUGUUUGCAGUUGUGUAGUUGAGUCCUAGGUAGAAUUGAUUUUGAAUGUUCAGACAGAGAAUUCCUCUGGUGCAAUAUUCAAUUCUGUUACAAGGAAGAAAAAUAAACAAACACUGGCCUACAACUAGAAAUCCUGCUAGCUGUGAAUGGAGAUGUUCAAAAUUGAUCUGGUAUCCCUUUCGCUAUAGUUUUGACUGGCCUUUUAAUGAGUUUGUGGGACAGGGAUUAUUUGUUUGCUUUUGUUCUAUUAUGCAUUUUGUGUUCUCAUUUUUUAUUUUUAUGUUGUGAACCAUCCAGUUUUUAAAAACAGAUAGAAAAAUGGGGUGAGGAGAAGGCUUGGAUGGCCACAAACCUUUUGGCAACCCAACAGGGAGACCCACAAAAGCAGUCAAGAAAGCAUUUUUUUAACCCUAUUAAGUUUUUUGAAAAUGACGAAUUGCAGGAAGGGACAGCAGUAGCCAACAGACCCCAGGAUAGCCAAACUACAAUCUAGAGCAGGCUUCCUCAAACUCAGACCUACAGCUCCCAUGAGCCCUAGCUAGCUGGACCAGUGGUCCGGGAUGAUGGGAAUUGUAGUCUCAAAACAUCUGGAGUUUGAGGAAGCCUGAUCUAGAGGAUACCAGGUUGACUUAACCCUGCAAUAGUCUAACCUGGAGAUAACAAGAACAGAAAUUACCACGGUGAGAUCCAGCUUUUUUCGGGAAGCGUUGUAGUUGCUAUACUAGCUGAAGCUGGAAAAAUGGUUCUCCAACUCAGUGUUGCUACUAUUUUUUAAAGGACUCUUCUUCCUUUGAGGACACAAAGAGUGCUAGACUAAGGUGGAAGAUGCUUGUGUGGGACUAUACAGGCAUUUGAUCCUGUCCAUUAUCUUCUUCAUUUAGGGUGCCAAUGCACCUUUUGAAAAAUAAUGGUCAAGUUGACUGAACCUUUAUAUAUCCAUCUGUUUUUGUUUCCCUCUCUAGGUGACGGCAACUGCGGGGCCAGAGCAAGACCUUGCAAUUCUGCAGGAAGUUCGCCAGGGGAAUAGGAGAACUAAAAAAAUUCAAGGGGAAUUGAAAAAUUUAAAGUCAAAGAUCUAUGGGCUAGAAAAUGAGCUCAGAGCCUGCUAAUAAGAGACACGCCGGCCAACACCAGUGGCAUAUAGAUAAAGGCCAUUGUUGCAACAGCUUUCUCGUAUCUUUAUUUUGUGACACCACGUGGAGCUUACUGUGGCUCUAGGAUGUAACUUUAUACUCCAGGACUUAAGGAACCCAUUAAACCUAAUGUAAGGUUUGGAAGGAAACUCUCUUACUUUAUUUUUAUUUUUUUACAUGGGUUUAGAAUUGGCUUCCUGCUUUUCUCAAUGUCAGUUUAUGCACAGAUUGAACUGGAGUCAUUGGCUAACUUUUACGUUGCUCUUGCAGCUUGCAGGAAUGUUUUCAUCUGUUCUAAGAAUGAUGCAAUAUUCAGGCAUCUCCAGAAACCAGCUCAAGUAGAUCUCAUACUAUGUGUGUCAGUGGUUAUUAAAAAGAGGGAAGCGACUUCCCUAUGUCCCUCAGGAAUUACUCUGUAAUGGGUGGGUGACAGUUUGUUUGAAGAGAAGCCCUUGGUUACAUCCACACUUGUGGGCAGUAUUCAGCUAAAUAGUUGCGCAAGCAGAACACCUUUUACUCACACAGCGGAACUCCACACACUUCCAAAUCUGCUCUGUUGUGUUGCAGGGCAGGAAGAAAAUUAAGAACCCCAAAGAAUUUGCUUCCAAAGAAAUGUGACUCGAGUCGGGUUGUACAAGUGCUGCUUCAGUUGUGGGUCUCGCUUAGGUUUUCUUACAGAAUAUCUUCUGCUGCAAGAUAAACACUUGAAGUGUUGUGAGGCAGCAUCAUUUGUCCCCUGCUAUAGCAUUAAACUUGACAUUAAUUUAACAUUUCUCUUGGUAUUUGUCACCAAGGCUUCCAUUUCCUACCACCUCUGCAAGCCGAAAUGCAAGUCUUAAUGCAAGCAAUUGCUUGCCUUUGACCAAUAUGUCACACUUGGUUUCCAUAUUUUUUCCUAGAGGGAAGUGCUUUCCAUGCAGGAAAUAUAUAACCUUCCAAGUGAUCCUAUCUGAAGUCUUAUCCCUUUUGAGGUUUCUGGUCUCCAUUCUCUUGUGGCUUUGUGUGGGUACUUAAAACAGCCAUAUCACACUGCUGCUAAUGUGUAAACGCUAACGUGCACCUCCAGACAGAAUUCACAACGAGAAUCACUGCAGCUGGAAAGUCUGUUUGCGCCUCAUUGCUUUCUUUAAAGAAAGCCAGCAGUUACAGUAAGCAAGAAGCUGAGAAUGCAAAACAGCAGGCAGGCAGAUGGAUUUUGGUUUUUUCCCCUUAGAAAUCUGACACGGUAAGCAAGAGUAAUGUAGAAGAGACUGUUUGCACUGCAAAUAUUAAAUGUGAUGUGUUAGGUGCUCUUUGCCUGCACCGGUAACAUAAUAACAUCAAAACUAUAUUCUCAUCUGGCUUGAACUGGAUUGUAAUGAUUUGGACAUGCUUACACACAACACCUUGAGGAUCUCUGAAGAGCAAAAUGCUGUACAGUAAUUGAACAUGCCUAAGCCGUGUCUCUUUGUAUUUUGUACCUUCUAUGCUAUACUUGUCGAUUUCUUCAAAUUUUAUAAUAAAAUUGGAGUUGAAACACUUCUAAAUAGAUUAAUU